CAAACUUCAAAGGAACUGAGGUUCUGGAACUGGAUCCGAGAAUAUUCCAGGCCAUUGACGUCAGAGUCUCCGAGGAGAUGCAACGAUUGUGGUCUAGACACUACAUGCGUUCCCACAUCUUGUGCGCAUGCGCUGUGGCAAAGUAAUUUUUGCUUUUAGUUCAAAGGUCAAAGUAAUAUUGUAAAAUUAAUUUGUUUAUUUAGAGUGUUCAUAAUUUGUAUAGUCAGUGUGUGUGGUAUACUAUACAGUGCAGGCCUACGUUGCGCCUAAGACCAUCAUCACAGUGUCUUGUGGAAGGAGAGUUAUAGAGGGAGUGUCAUGUCCUCUGAGUCUACUCACGCCAUCAACGCAGCUAUACUAUCAGCAGAAUCAUUGUUUGCUAGUCUAUUGGAUCGUGUGCCUCCUGGAAAACCAUCAUCCCCAGACCACACCCCCUCAGAUCCCGAGGUAUCUUUAUCGCCAGGGCAACGAGCUAUGUCCCCCGAGGGUUCUAUCGUUAGUGUUGGUACUGCUUCUCUUGACCCCGCCCACCUCAUGGCUGCCUCUCAUGCUGUGUACGAGAACCUUGAUCCCCGGGAGUCACUCAGUGCUAUAGCUAGCAGGCAGUCACUGGUUAGUGUGUCAGAGAGCACUAGCUAUGAGGCCUUGAGGGAGUUACUAGUGGACAAGGAGAGAGACCUCGAGUUAGCAGCAGCCAUUGGGCAAAUGCUUCUCAAGAGAAACGAUCUCUUGGAUAAGGAAAUUGGAGUACUGGAGGAUGCAAGACAAGCACUAGAACAGCAGGUGUCCCAGCUCACACACAGUCAGUCUCAGAAAGAGGAGCUGUUGAGAUUGUAUGUUAAGGAUGCACGGGAGAGGGACCAAGCUGAGGCUGAGGUGGUCGAUGACAAGCCAGAGUGGGUAGUGGCCCUCACUGACGAGUGUAGAGAGUUGAGAGACUCCAAUGCUGCCCUCAAGAUAGAAGCAGACCAACUGAGGAAGGACACGGCUGAUAUAGAGAGCAAGGAGAGGGAGCUGGUACAAGCCUGUCUGGACCAGUUCAGUGAGGCCAAGCGUAGCCUGGUUGAUAUGAGAGAGAGAUCUGAGGAAAGCUAUCUGGAGAACCAAGCUCUGUCAGUACAACUGGAGGAGCUCAACACUCUGUACGAACAAGACCAGCUGAAGAAACAGCAGUUGGCUGAUGAGAGUGAUCUAUUCAAGGAUCAAUUGAUGGAAGCUCAGGAAACCAUCUCCCAUCUGACCAAUGAGGUCACGGACCUCAAUGAACAGUUCAAUAUGACAUCAGUGUUACUCAAGGAAGCUAACGAUGAAAUAACUGCUCUCAAAGAUAUAUCACUUCAAUUAUCUGGUUCCCCUGGCGACCCGGGUAAUGAGGAGGGGCAACACGAGUCUAUCGUCAUGGAGAUAGAGGAGGCACUAAGGAAAGAGAUAGCUGCAGCCUCCAUGCUCAGUGAGAGGCCUAGAUCUCCAAAUCACUAUGCACAGCAACGAACAAUGGUUGUCAUGGAGACUGUACGGGCGGCCACCAAAGCACAAGCUCGACGACUAGAGCGCCUAGCAACAGAGGCCAAGCUGAAAGACUUGACUGGAGGGGACUCACAGUUCAGGCCAGUAGCCUCAUCAUCACCCAACGAACAUCGUACCCAUCACAGCAAGAUCCCUCGCCCCUCCCCCCUCACACGCUCCACACCCUCACGCCUCACAAGAGCCACACCCUCUUCUCCCGUACCCUCAGAUGAAGAAGCCAGCAUAGCAUCGCUACCAGAGGACCUGGUUCGAUAUCGCAGUCCACAGAAACUCCAGAUAGUGAAGCCAAUGGAAGGAUCAGUGACUCUACUGAAAUGGAAGCUGUUGGCUACUCCUCAACUAGGAGGAGCUACUUCAUUCUUCUCUGAUCAAACAGGACCGGGGGUACAUCUCAAGAAAUGGUCUGCCUCUCAAAUCAAAGAUAGUCAGAAUGUUAGGAAGAAUCCAUAUGAUACUCGUAUGGCCAUGAGUGCUAUGGACCUCAGGGAACUCAACUCAACCUAUCCUCCACCUAGUGUACGCCGACCUAAAGCCACACCCACUAUUAGGAGACCACCCCCUCCUGACCAACCAUCACAGUCACAAUCAUUAUUGGGACAGUUUGGUUCAUUCCUCGGCUCUGGAUUAUCAAGAUUAAAGUUCAAAAGUACGGAGGACUCGCCCACACAGUCCGUAGAUACGCCCACGCAGUCUGUAGAACCCUCUGACGCAGGACUAGGUGGACUGUUAUAGACACUGAUUUAUUUAAUAUUAGAGAAAUCUAGUUUUGUUUGUAAAAUUUCAUAAAUUCUGUGUGUUUUAUCAUGAGUGCAUAUAGAUCAUAAUAUUGAUUCAUUAUUUUGGCAUAAUUUAUAUAAGAAUUAGAAUUAUUUAUUUAUUAUUGUCAAAAUUGAACAUUAUAAUAAGUGA